GUCACGUUGACGACGUAGUAUGGAUGGACGUCACGUCUUGUUUUGAGUGCUGCAGCGCGGGAUUUUCAUUUUCGUGCCUCAUUUUGUUUAUACAGCCAUUUUUAACCCGUCAAAAAUGUAUUUUUUCGUUUCGCAGUAAUCUGUCUGCUAUUCCUCUCAUUUACAUUACUCCUGAGACAUUGUCCUCCUCUGGACACAGAGACACACAGAAUGGCUGCGGCUCCAGUGGACUACACCAUAGGAGGGGUGAAAAUAAACUUCCCCUGCAAAGCUUAUCCCUCUCAGCUGGCCAUGAUGAAUUCAAUCAUUCGUGGACUUAACCAUGGGCAGCACUGUCUGUUGGAGAGUCCUACUGGCAGUGGGAAGAGUCUUGCUUUGCUUUGUUCGGCCCUUGCAUGGCAGAAAGCACAGUUUGGUAAGGAACAGCCGGAUGCAGGCACCAGUUCGGCUGACUUUAAGAAACCAGAAGUGGUUACUCCAUGUCAAUGUGUGUGCCAUAGCCGAAAUGCACAUCCCACUUUCAACAGCACAGCAUCUAAACCACCUCUGGUGGAUCUUGCUGGUGAAGGUACUUCUGCUGAAGCUUCAACCCCUCUGUCAAAAGGAGCAGUCCAAAGUGACCAGCCUAUAAAGUCGACUUUGUCUUCCCGUCUCUCUGAGAAACUUCAAGCCUCUCUCUCCAAUGGAGAACAAGAUGAUGAUUUUAAGAUUGACAGGAAGCGCAUUCGUACACCAGGCACAGAGCAAAAGAGCAGCAAGCGAAGAUGUCUUGAACGAGGAGUGAUUUACAUUGAUGAUGAUGAUGAUGAAGAGGAGGAGAAUCUGGAGAGACCGGUGCCUGGGACUCAGAGUUGGACCAUGGAAUUGAACAGUGGUGCCAGAGCUGACGGCUGUCAGUCGCAGCCACAGUGUCCUUCUCCCGUGUCUUGUUCUCGCUGUCCUUGCGCCAACCUCAAAGCAGGACAGAAACUGGUUGAAAAGUCCAAGGACAACGAGAAAGACAAAGAGGGAAGCGGGAGGAAAAAGAUUCCAAAGAUAUUCUUCGGCACUCGUACUCAUAAGCAGAUCACACAGAUUGCACGGGAGUUGAAACGGACACUUUACUCCACCGUGCCCAUGACAAUACUGUCCAGCCGAGACCACACCUGUGUCCACCCCGAAGUGGUACCUCAUGCCAAUCGCAAUGAGCGCUGCAAGGAGCUGCUGGAGGCCAAGAACGGUGUGUCAUGCCGGUACUACCACAAUGUGCAUAAAAUGCGUGAUCAGAGCUCUUUACAGUGGGUUCACGGGCUACACCAGGCCUGGGACAUUGAGGAUCUGGUGCGUCUUGGUGGCAAGCUGCGAUCCUGUGCUUACUACGCAGCUCGGGAACUCAUGCAAGAGGCCUGCAUUGUGUUCUGUCCUUACAACUACCUGCUGGACCCCCUCAUUCGUGAGAGUAUGGAAAUCAAUCUGAAGGAGCAGAUUGUGGUGCUGGAUGAGGCUCAUAACAUAGAGGACUGUGCCCGUGAGAGUGCCAGUUUCACCCUGAAUCAAGCUCAGCUGUUGCUGGCACGUGAUGAGAUCGACGGAAUGGUGACACACAACAUUCGGCGCGAUCAACACAGGCCACUGCUAGCCUUCUGCUGCAGCCUUGCCAACUGGGUGCAGGAAAGCUGCAAUGGCUUGGAGGAGCGCGAAUAUGAGUCUUCUUGUAAGGUCUGGACAGGGACGGAGGUUCUUGGCAUCUUCCAUGGCCUUGGCAUCACAGCAGACACCUUCUCUUUGCUACAGAAAAACCUGGCAGCAGUGCUAGAGAAGGAGGAGCGGAUCGGGCUAGUGAACGGGAGAGAAGAUACGGUGCAGGUUCCCACCAUCAGCUCCAACACUCAGUCAAUGCUCAAAAGCCUCUUUAUGGUGCUGGAAUUUCUUUUCAGGCAAAAUUGCAGGUUUGCUGAUGAUUACCGUGUGGCUCUCCAGCAGAGCUACAUGUGGACCACCCAGCAGGAGCCGCCCGACGCUCAGGGCUUUUUUGCACGACCCCAGCGUCGCCGACAGGGUACCCGCACCAAAACUCUGGUGCACACCCUGAGCUUUUGGUGCCUCAACCCUGCUGUGGCAUUUUCAGAUCUAAGUGAUUCAGUGCGGAGUAUUGUGCUGACUUCAGGCACCCUCUCUCCCAUGGGCUCCUUUUCCUCUGAGCUGGGCAUCAAAUUCUCCAUCCAGCUGGAGGCCAAUCACGUUAUCAGCAAGUCACAGGUCUGGGUCGGUACAGUUGGUGCAGGACCUCAGGGUCGUAAACUUUGUGCCACAUUUCAGCAUGCAGAGACAUUUGCCUUCCAGGAUGAAGUAGGGGCCCUGCUUUUGAAAGUGUGCCACACAGUGAGUCGAGGGGUUCUCUGCUUCCUGCCAUCCUACAAGAUGUUGGAUAAACUGAGGGACCGCUGGAUGAAAACAGGUCUGUGGGACAAGCUUGAGGAGCGAAAGACUGUGAUCACUGAGCCACGUGGUGGUGGCAAGGGUGAUUUUGAUGAACUGCUGCAGACCUACUAUGAGGCCAUCAGAGGAACAGUAGCCAACAGUGAAAACAGAGAUGGAGCGCUGCUGGUAGCUGUUUGCAGAGGGAAGGUGAGCGAGGGCUUAGACUUCACCGAUGACAAUGCCAGAGCAGUGGUUACUAUUGGUAUCCCAUUCCCCAAUAUCAAAGACUUGCAGGUUGAACUGAAGAUGAAAUAUAAUGACAAGCAUGCCAAGUCACGAGGACUUCUGCCUGGUGGGCGCUGGUAUGAGAUUCAAGCAUAUCGGGCACUAAACCAGGCACUCGGAAGGUGUAUACGACAUCGAAAUGACUGGGGGGCACUUAUACUGGUAGAUGACCGGUUUAAGACGAACCCAAACAAAUACAUCACAGGCCUGUCAAAGUGGGUGCGUCAGCUAGUGAGGCACCAUGACACCUUCACGGGCGCCAUGCAGUCCCUGGAGUCCUUUUCUCAAGGCCAGCGGGGGGCAGUAGAGACCUUCGAAGAGACACAAUCGCAGACUGUCCCUCAAUACCCAAGCCCCUCCAGUGUUACCUCUCCCCCUCCUGAGAUAAUCACACCCCACAAGUCAUUUGACCCUCAGCCUGCACCACUAAAUCUACACACCGAGGUGCAAGCAGCCAGCUCUGAGAGCAAGACUUCUGAAUCAGAAAAAAAGAAAUCCUUUCUUGAAGAAAGUAUAAGAGAGGAUUUAGAACAACAUGAGCGUCACCAAAAGAAUAUACAGCAUCCUUCUGAACCAAUCACAUUGCCAACCAGAGAACGUAAUGUCCAAAGAAUAACAUGGCCUACAGGCCAUCUCUUCACCUCCUCUCCAGUCAGUAGCCAAUUUAAGACUUCUAUUUUUCAAUCCGAGCAGGAUGUGAAUUCAGUGAACAACAAGCAAGUUCAGCAGGAACUUAUUCCUGUGCUUCCUGUGGCACCAAAGCACCAAAUAAAUGUUGCUCCUGACCUAAAUGACAGCUCAUUUGAACCUCAACAUGAGCAGCUCUUUGUGAUCCCUAACUCUACAUUGAAGCAGAACACCAGUGGAAUGGACCUUGAUGACACCGAAGAGGAUGAACAAAGUAUCUUCUACAGCCCUGAGCUUUUUGAAGGAGAUGGGGGGGAGAAUGAAGAGACUACUGAGGUGGAAAAAUCUCCUGCAGAAGUCAGCCAUCCUCCUGCUAGCAGCACAGCCAGCAUUCUUUUGGAGGAUCUGUUUGGUUUAAAGCAGGAGAAGAGGACAUUGUCUGAAGACGUUGUGAGCAGCACUGUCCCAGACAACACAUUAUUACAGGGUAGUACAGAGCAGAUAGGUUUAAACUGUGGUACAGACUUUGAGAGUGUGCCUGCCUCACAAAAUGGCACCAGCAAUAGUCGGUCACGUAGACUCUCCAGAUCUAGGCAGAAAAGGCCCAGCACAUCAGCAGCAUCAGGUAAACUUACCAACUACUUUAAAUUUGUGCCCCAAACCAGCCAACCGUGCAUCACAAUUGAUGACUGAUAAUGUUCAAAUUUGUGUUUCUUUUUUUAAUGAAUAAGUCUAUUGUGUCUUAUUUGGUAUAAUAAUGUGCAUUUUAUCCAACCCCCCAAAACAAACAUAUGGCUGCUUAUCUGUCUUUAAUAUGCUCCCAAAUAUAUGUGUAUCUUUUAUAAGAAUUAUUAAAAAUUAGUGACAAGCA